GAAAGUAUUAUUAAUACUUGGAGAAAUGAGAGAACAUUUUCUCCAAAAUACGAAAAAAAUAUUUGAAGAACUCUCUCUCGACCUUCGCAAGUGUUCAGACUCUUCCAAACUUUGCAGAAACGGAUCCAACUCAUUAACAUAUUGGAACUUCUCCUGUUUAUAAGACGGAGAGGAAACUCGGGAAGGGUGGCUUUGGUCAAGUUUAUGCUGGCAGAAGGGUGAGUGGUGGCAGUGAUAGGAUUGGUUCAGAUGCAGUUGAGGUAGCUCUGAAACUUGAUCACACCGAAAUAGUAAAGGACGCAAUUUUGGCCCACCUUACGAGUGGCAAGUGUACAAGUAAGACAAAUAGGCGCGUUAAGGGACUCGUUCAGAUAUCUAGAUCCAUAGGCGACGUGUAUGGAUCUAGACAGGAACCAUUGUACACAAAGUAUAGACUCCGCAAGCCGAUGAAAGACCAAUCUUAAGUGGGGAACCGUCGAUAACAGAGCAUGAGCUCCAACCACUUGAUCAGUUUCUGAUAUUUGCUUCAGACGGUCUAUGGGAACAGAUGAGCAACCAAGAAGCUGUUGACAUCGUUCAGAACCAAGAAGCUCCAACCACUUGAUCAGUUACUUAUCUGUUCUUUCUCCUUUUUUUCUGCUGUAAAGUUUGCUCAAUAGCUGUUAUGGAGUUCCUGCUGUACAUCACAAGGGUCGUCAAGGAGAUUUUUACAUUCUGGUCAUGGACAUAUGCUUGGUCUUAGCUCUGGGAUGUUUGGAAUUCUUUAUAGCUCAAUCGAUGUCUCCAAACAUGGUGGCGUGCAUUGCAGUGGAAGCGAUCUCUAUUCUUGAGAAACUGCAUAUGAAAGGGUUAGCUUCACACGAGAAGAAACAAUGUGACGAGAGAGAGAGAUGGAAGAGCUGAAAAGACGGAACAACAACAUUCAUGGGUUUUUGCAGUGACUCAGUGUGAAAUACCUUUCCUUUAAGGUUUGUGCUUUAGGAGGUCUAAGGAGAUUGCAAGUGUAGCAGACUUCUUUGACAGGUACAUCUCUUUGGUUUUGUUGAGUCUCACGUAGAUAUAUAUUUUGAAGGUAUGUGAGACUUCUGUAGUUUGUGGUUGUAGUUUAUAUGUCUGAGAUAUUUUUAUUUGUGUUAUUACCCACUAACCCUUCGUGAUCACAUAUGAUACGUUCAUGUAAUUUUAUAAUUUAAUUUUGGUUGUUGUGUGAGUGUGUGCUGCAAGGCGGUGCAAGACGAGGGGAGGGCAAAACGGUCUUUUGGGUAGCGCCUCGCCAGAGAUCAUCGGAGGUGGUGGUGGUGGUGGAGGAGCCGAAGCCUGUUGUUGUGUUGACGGGACCUGUAACUAAGAAGGCCACUAACGGAAAGGAAAAAGUUGCUGCGACCAAGAAACCUGCUGUUGCUGCUUACAAAAGGCUCUGUGAAGGCUAAGGCAGAGAGCUCCUCUGAAGAGGAAGACUCUUCCGAUGAGGAAUCUUCUGAUGAAGAACCUGCUGCUAAGCCAGCUGCUAAAGAUUCUUCAUCUUCUGACGAUGAUGAUUCAGAAGAUGAGUCUGAGGAUGUUAAACCUGCUGCUAAAAAGGCAGCUCCUGCUACCAAGGCUGCAAGCAGUUCUGAUUCAUCUGACGAAAAUUCUGAUGAGGAAAGUGAAGAGGAGAAGCCUGCACCUAAAAAGGCUACCAAGGCUGCUAAAAAGGAGAGCAGUAAACGCUGAUGUAGAGAUGGUGGAUGCUGAGCCGCAACAGCCUAAGACACCAGCAACUCCUGCUACAGGAGGAACCAAGACGCUCUUUGCUGUGAGAACUUGUUUAAAGAGGCUGGUGAAGUUGUUGAUGUUAGAUUUGCUACGAAUAAGGAUGAUGGCAGUUUCAGAGGCUUUGGCCAUGUUGAGUUUUCUACUUCUGAAGAUGCACAGAAGGCAUGCAUUGACUGAACACUUUGCGUCAUGCGGAGAGAUCACAAGGAAUUGCUUACAUCGACAUUAAAGAAGGCACAGAGAAGGCGUAGGACCUUAAUGGAGUACGAAUUGGGAGGAUGGGCUCUUGUUGUUAAUGAGGCUAAACCGAGGGAUAACAGUGGUGGUGAAAGGAGCGGAGGAUACAGUGGUGGCGGCGUUGGUCGAUUUGGUAGUGGUGGUGGUGGUAGAAGGGGUGGCAGAGGAGGAAGAGACAAUGGUGGUGGUUGUGGAUACAGCAAACCUCGUUUUUCAGAAGAGACAGAGCGGAGAGACGUUAAACUGAGUGAAGAGGAUGUGUUACGAGUAGCUAGAAGAAUGCUUCCGGUCACCAAUUUUGGCGAUUUCAAAGACGAGCCAGCUUUUCUCUGGCGAACCAGCAAUGACACUCAAAAUAGAAUUUACUAAAGACUUCAUUUUCUAUGAUUGUGAUUUCCUCGUUGAAGUUUUCCUUGUUAUGCUGUUUUUUUCACUUUGAUUUUGCAGGUGGCACCCUUUGUUCUAAUCAGAGCGGAGUACGGUUAUCUCAUAACAUUGUGGAGGCUA